AUGUAUGAACUUAUAGAUGAAGUCUCACUUGGUUUGUGUUUUGAAAUUCAUCGUGCCAGUAAAAUUGGAACUUUGUUUCUGGCUGAUACAGACCCUAAAUCUUCCAAAGAGUUAGAAAUAGUAGAUAAACCAGGGUAUGAUGUUUUUGGUCAGCCACCACAGAAAAAACAGCUGGAAUGUAUCUGUCCUAACUGUCAGAGAAAUUUAGCAGCUGCCAGAUUCGCUCCCCAUCUAGAGAAAUGUAUGGGAAUGGGUAGAAACAGUUCUAGAAUAGCUAGUAGAAGGUGA